GCCACCUUCCUCCUCCCAAACACUAUUUUGGAUAGAGCUUUCAUUCUGCAGUUAACCAAAGCUCAAAUGUUUCUUCCUCCACCAUAUAUCCAUGAAUACAGAGUAUAGUCUGAACAAAAUCAUUUCCAUAAGAUUUUUCAGAUUUUGUUAAUCUUCAAGCGAAGCUAACCAAGCUCAGAAUGUGUUCGUUGCAAAUCCCAUGUCUCCGAGUCUUCGAUCGCACUCCAUUCGGCGGCAGUCUCUCUUCCCUGACGGAGAAUUUGUGGAAAUCCGGUCGUCGUUCGGAAUUACGGGACAGAGAAGUGUGUUUGAGCAAUGGACUGGCGGCGGAGAAGCGGUUGCCGCGCCGUCGGAAGGGUUCUCCGGUCGGGGCUAUGUCUUUUUCGAACUCAUCGUCGUCUUUUAGGAUGAAUUUGAACGAGUAUAUGAUCGCGUUGGAGAAGCCUCUGGGCAUUCGAUUCGCCCUCUCCGUUGAUGGAAAGGUCCUUGUUCAUGCUCUCAUGAAAGGGGGAAAUGCUGAAAAGUCGAGAAUAAUUAUGGUGGGUGAUACUUUGAAAAAGGCCAGUGAAUCUUCAGGCGGUAGGCUUCUUGAGAUUGAGGACUUUGGCGAUAUAGAGAAGAUAAUGCAGGAUGGUUCGGGAUCUUGCAGCCUUAUUCUUGAGAGACCUUUCUCCCCAUUUCCUAUCCACCAACUGUAUCUUAUGGAUGUUGUCGAUAUUCUAUUUAAUCGAGGCCGCGUUCCCAUAGUCACAUGGAACAAAAAUUUGCUUGCCUCAAACUUAAGAACACUGUGCGAAAGUAGUGGUAAUUCUGGAUUUGCCUCAUUUUCAUCUAAAUAUCUUACUUCGAAAGGAUGGAGGGCUUUGGAUAGUCAAAAUGAAACCAUAGAACAAAAUGUGCCAAAUAAUACCCCUCCCAUACCUUUUAGCCCACUCGUGAAUAUCUUUUGUGAGAAAGCAACAAGAGAUGCUCAAUGGGCUCAUGGGAAUUUCCCAUUAGAAGAAUAUAUAAAGGCAUUGGAUCGUUCAAAGGGGGACCUGUACUAUAAUCAUGCACUUGGGAUGCGAUAUAGCAAGAUAACAGAACAAAUAUAUGUUGGGUCAUGCAUUCAAAGGGAAGCUGAUGUUGAGAUGCUGUGUAAUGCAGUGGGGGUCACUGCUGUGCUGAAUUUUCAGAGUGGAAUUGAAGCAGAAAACUGGGGAAUCAAUUCUAAAGAAAUUAACGAAUCAUGCCAAAGAUUUAAUAUCCUAACGAUCAACUAUCCCAUAAGAUGGUAAAAGAAAGUUGUUGAUCAGUAUUCAUUCCUUGAGCAGGGAGGGAGAUUCUUUCGAUAUGAGGAAGAAACUACCAUUUUGUGUUGGCCUUCUUCUUCGCUUAUUGAAAAAGAACCAUUGUGUUUAUGUCACAUGCACCAACGGGUUUGAUCGUUCCCCUGCUUGUGUGAUUGCAUACCUUCAUUGGAUGACUGAUACUUCCCUUCAUGCAGCCUAUAACUUCGUCACUGGCUUACAUUCCUGCAAGCCUGACAGACCAGCCAUUGCCUGGGGAACUUGGGAUCUUAUAGCAAUGGUGGAAUCUGGUCCACAUGAUGGACCUGCAACACAUGUUGUUACCUUUGUGUGGAAUGGGCAUGAGGGAGAGGAUGUCUACUUGGUUGGGGAUUUUACUGGGAACUGGAAAGAACCAAUUAAAGCUGUCCACAAAGCUGGCCCUAGAUUUGAGACUGAUGUUCGACUCUCACAUGGAAAGUACUACUAUAAGUAUAUCAUUAAUGGACAGUGGAGGCAUUCUACAUCUUCGCCAACUGAAAGGGAUGAGAAAGGUAAUAUCAAUAAUGUGAUUGUGGUCGGCGAUGUUGCAAGUGUGAGGCCUUCUAUGCAACAACAGAAGAAGGAUUCAAAUAUUGUGAAGGUUAUUGAGAGGCCAUUGACAGAAAACGAGCGAUUUAUGCUUGCAAAAGCAGCUCGGUGCAUUGCUUUCUCUAUUUGCCCUAUAAGGCUAUCCCCUAAAUAGCAGACGCUACACAAAAUUUUCAUUGUAUAUGAAAUUCUUCUGUUAAGUUCCUCAAUGCAAAUGAGAAUAGGAACUGUCUAAAGGUCAAAUCUCAGAUGAACUGCCGAUUAGAUCGAUUCAGCUAUCUACUGUCCAAAGAGGAGGCGGGCAUCUCUUUUUUUAGGUGAGGUAUGUGAUGAAGAACUCGAUCGGAAUACAGUUAUUUUCUAUAA